CUUGUGCAGUCACAGUGACUGUGACUGUGUCACUUGUACUCUAUUCGAUAACACUUGGGAACUGCUAUCAAAUCAGCUGUUCCCAAACAAAGAAUCAGAACGAUUAACGUUGCGAAAAACAGCAGAGAUAAAAUAAAAAACCAACAAAGAUAAAAAUACAACAAGUGGUUACACAAAUUGACAGUUACGGCCAAAAAUUAUUGCCUAGCACAGUCAAUAUCGAUAUAUUAAAAAGAGAGCGAAUUAUGAAUUUAUCUUUCGCUGGCUGCGGUUUUUUGGGCAUUUAUCAUGUCGGUGUCGCAGUGUGUUUUAAGAAUUUUGCGCCGCAUUUAUUGCUGGAAAAGAUUGGAGGUGCAUCAGCUGGAUCCCUAGCCGCUUGCUGUCUGCUUUGCGACUUGCCGCUGGGCAGCAUGACAUCUGAUUUUUUCCGUGUGGUGAAUGAGGCACGACGGCAUUCGCUUGGACCGUUCAGUCCUUCGUUCAACAUACAGACAUGCCUGCUCGAGGGAUUACAGAAGCAUCUGCCCGAGGACGCACAUAAGCGGGUCAAUGGACGCCUACACAUCUCACUGACGAGCGUUUUCGAUGGCCAGAAUGUAAUCAUCUCGGAGUUUGAUUCGCGCGAGGAAGUGCUGCAGGCGCUGCUUUGCGCCUGUUUUAUACCCGGAUUCUCUGGGAUUUUGCCGCCGCGCUUUCGUGGUGUACGCUACAUGGAUGGUGCCUUCUCGAACAACCUGCCUAUACUGGACGAGAACACAAUUACAGUGAGUCCGUUCUGCGGCGAGAGCGACAUUUGUCCGCGCGAUCAAAGUUCACAAUUGUUCCACUUCAAUUGGGCCAACACAAGCAUUGAAAUCUCACGACAAAACGUCAAUCGAUUUGUGCGCAUUCUCUUCCCGCCACGUCCCGAGUUCCUCUCCAAGUUCUGUCAACAGGGCUUCGAUGACGCACUUCAGUUUCUGCAUCGCAACAAUCUAAUCAACUGUCGACGCUGUGUGGCUGUUCAGUCCACAUUUGUUGUGUCGGAAACGGUGGCACAACCUCCAGAGUUCGAUCCCGAGUGCCAUGAAUGUAAAAAGCAUAGAAAGGACGCUUUAAGCUCAAACAUGCCACAGACCGUGCUGGACGUAAUACAAGAUUACAUUGAGCAGGCAAACAAAGGCUUGGCCAACUGGAUCUUUAAGCAUCGAGGAAUCAAACUGCUCUCGCUGCCAGCUACCGUUCCCAUGGACUUUUUGCUGGCCACAGUGUACAAAAUAACAAGUCUGACACCAAAGCUGACCAAACAAAUGCGUCAAUUGGUUGCCCAGUUCAAUAAUGCCAUACAAAUGCGUUUGUUUAAUAAAUUUACGCUAUAUGAUCAGCCACAUUUCGAUGCCACAGGAUUGUUGCAUUCAAGCCGUUUGUAUGGACCACGAGUUUCUAUACUUGUCGAUGAAUGCGGUGCAACACCUUUAAAUGAUGAUGUUGAUAAUUUUGAACAUGUUCUCAAGAUGAGCACACAUAAUGACGCUUUGUAUGCCUACUAUUAUACGGACAAUAGCACGAAUCAUGUCAAGGUAACCGAAAUAUUUGAUUUUGAUGAAAUGACGGAACAUGGGGAACUGGCAACUGAUUUGCAACUAUACGAGGGCUCCGUGGAGGACCAUCCCAAUCCUCGCCAGCCCCAUUCCCACAAUGCCGUCGUCAGUGAAUGGAAUGGCGUCGAGUCCGAUUUUUUCAUUGACGCUCAAACACCUAAUUCAAACGAAUUGGGGAUGCCAGGAGUUCAUCAAUCGCUAUAUUUUAACACCUUUAAUAUUGAACACAACACAACCGAUUUCAAUGUGCCCCAGACUGAACAAAAUUCGAAUAGUACGUCUAACGAUUUGUGUAUAGAAAUUGAAUGAGACCCAACAUGACACAGACUCAAUAUCGAAUUUGAAACGCAACAUUUCCAAAGCGGCUCGUAGCCAAGCGAAGAGCCUUCUAGCUUUCCGUUAGCUUGUAAUACUUAUUAUGAUCGUAGUACGAAUACGUAUGUACCUAUGUAAUUUAUAUAUUUUAUGUAAUCUCUUGGCACACAAAUGAACUUUUGUUUUACACUUGCCCGUUCUCAUUUACAAUUUAAAA